AUGUCUCACACAGGUGAAAAGCCAUAUUCCUGUCCUGAGUGCGGAAAGUGUUUUCCACGAAAGUACAGCCUUACUGUACAUCAGGUUUGCCACACACGGGAAAAACUGUUUUCCUGCUCUGAGUGUGGGAAAUGUUAUCCACGGAAAUCAAACCUUUUCAAACAUAAAAAAUCUCACACGGGGGAAAAGCCAUAUUCCUGUUCUGAGUGCGGGAAAAGUUUCUCACAGAAGUCCUAUCUUCUCAAACAUCAGAGAACCCACAAGGUGUAUUAG